AUGUCGAUCCGCAUAGCGCUCGACAACCAGCCCGAGUUCUACACCAAUCUCGACAACCUCGCUGGCCGCGUUGUGUUGCAUCUCAGCCGCCCCGAGCAGAUUGGUGGCAUCAUUGUCAAGCUCGAGGGCGAGUCCAAGACGGCCCUCGGAUUGCCUCAGAAUUACGAUGACCGCACUCACCCGCGCCUGCCGCCCGGAGGCGGCCCCGGAAGUAUCGCUAGCGAGAACCACAAGAUUCUCUACCGGGUAGCGCAAGUCUUUCCAACCUACGAGGAAGAUCUCGGCGGCGGAAGCUCCUCUAUGAGCGGGAGCUACGUCAUCCAGGGCGGCCAGCAUGAAUUCCCCUUCAAAUUCAAGCUCCCCAUCAACAAUGCCUGCAGCGACCCCGUCGCCAUGUCCAAAAUCGGUGGUAUCGGCGGCAUGGGGGGCUUCGGUGCGGGCAUCGGUCCGUUCGGACUCGGAGGUGCCAGGGUUAUGGACGGCAGUAAGCAGCUGUUCCUCCAGCAUGUCACGAAGACCCUGCCUCCGUCGUUCACCGGCUUCCCCCGGCAGGCAGAGGUGCGCUACUACCUCAAGGUCACUAUCCAACGGCCAGGCUUUCUCAAGGAAAACUGGCGGUACCAGAUUGGCUUCAAGUUCAUGCCCAUAGAGCCGCCCCGGCCUCCGAAGACGUCUCAAGAAGCCUACGCACGUCGGCCUUUCACCUUCAAGCCGCGACCUCAGGGUCUGCAGAAGAAGAAGAGCUCCCUUUUUGGCUCCGGCAGGGACGACAGCGCACCUAGCAACGGUGACGCUGUUCCCCCGUCCAUUGAGCUCUCUGCGCGUUUACCCCAUCCCUCGAUUCUGACCUGCAACCAACCUCUCCCGCUACGUCUCAUCGCCAAGAAGCUCAUACCCUCACACGAACAAGUCUUUCUCACCUCAAUCCAAAUCGAGCUGAUCGGCAAGACUCAUGUCCGGUGCCACGACCUCUUUAACACGGAAGUAAGCAGAUGGGUCGUCGUGACCCAGACAGGCCUCAGCGUGCGCCUCCUGGACGACCCGACCUCGGACGACCUCACCCACGAGUCCAUCAUCCCAGACGACCUCUGGCGCAACAUCCCGCUACCCAACACCGUUGCACCUAGCUUUGUCGCCUGCAAUCUCCAGCGACACUAUGAACUCGACAUCCAGCUGGGUCUCUGCUGGGGCAAACCGCCAUCCACGCGAACGUUCUUGGGCUCGAACAAGGAAAACCCCGCCGCGCAGUCCAUUUUCCUCCCGUUGCACUUCUCCAAGGUUCAGGUAUACUCUGGCAUUGCGCCGCCGCCGCAGUUGCUCGAGGCUCUAGCAGCACAAGCCAACCGGCCGUCCGCAGCAACAAUGAGCCUGCCUCCGAGAUUACCGCCUCGUACUUCACAGUCUGCACCCAUCACCCAUACCAUGGGCCGUGGCCAGCAGCAAAGGCCUCAAGCGCCUCAGCAACCGCACCCACCGGCCGCGGCAGCACCGCAGUAUGACCCAUUAUACCCUCCCCAGAUGGGAACACCGGGUGCUGCGGCGUUCGACGACGCACCGCCGAGUUACGACGAGGCACUGGCGGCAGGAGCAACAGGACCGGAGGAGAGACCUGCGUACAGCGGCGUUACGAACGAGAAUGCGCCGAGUCAGAUCCCCGAGAAGAGUUAG